AUGUCCCGUUUUAACAGUUGCCAGGAGAAGAUCGUGUGCGACUUCCCGGGUUCGAAACUCUUCAUCCGCAUGCACGAGUACAUCUAUACUAGGAAUCUAUACUGUGAUAUCCGAGAUGAUGAAGAUUUAUUGUCGACAUUGGACGAGCUGAAGAUGAAGAUGCAUGAUAACAUGAUGGAGGUCUUCCAGGAAAGAACUUGUCGCGAGUGGCUAGAGGACAACAUCAGAGCGCUCUAUCUCCAGAUGAGUCAACAAUAUUCACUGAUGAUGCAGUACCUCGUGGAGAACGGCGCAACUGGCCCAGAAUCGCCAAAACCACCAUCGCUACUACAUUAA